ACUGCAAACGUGGACGCGUUCCCAUGAGUGAGGCAGAGAAGUAAGAUCCAAGUGUUUGCAAUUCUAGAGUCCAGGAAUUCAGAGAGGAUGGAUUAUUAGGCCACAGGCUGUCUUGUGCGUUGUCAGCACAAGAAUAGGGAUCAAGGGCUCUGAGCCCUAGAGAGCCAAGCUGUGGGUGGUUGGCCUGGGUACCAGGACUGGGUGAGGCCAAAAGGUGAAGAAACCAUGCCUGGAGAGACAAGUCCUCACACACAGGACUCGCCGGUUGCUUUUUCUGUUUUGUGACUGUGAACAGCUGUUCUUGGACAUGUCUGCUGGUGUGUGUAUAGAAGAGUUUCUCUUGGAUAGAUAAGAAAUUCUUGGGUCAAAAAAUAUGUGUCUGUUCAUUUUUUUUUGCACACAGUGCUGUGUUGUAUAUCAAAGGGUCUGUCUUUACGCUCUAGCAUUGGAACUAUUUCUGUGGCUUUGUGUCCUCGCCCACAUCCACCCCAGCAUGUGACUAAGGUCUCGCUUCUCUUAUCCCCGACAUGUUUACACUUGCUCCUGUCUGAGGACGGUUUCUGGGAGCAGCACAAACCCUGUGUUUCUGGGGUUGACAGAGGUGACCGGGAUCUAGGGGUGUCACUGGGCGUGAUGGAAUAAAGGAACAUUAGAGAACCGGAGGAUGUUAUUUCUCCUCCAUUGGUCCCUCCGAGCGCCUGUGACGUCAGCAUCUCCUGCUGCCCUUCCACAGACACCAGCCUUUUCCCCAUCCAACCUCAAACUGGAUACUGCAGAACGACAGAAACACACCUGACUCUUUCCCCCUCUCGAAUCCCCAACUCCACUCUCAGCUUAUACUCUUCUCUUGCUUUAAAAAGGGCAGCUGAGGGUUUGGGAAAGGGAGGUGCUGGCAUAGGCUGGGGUAGGGAACCCGGGGGCUCUCGAGAAAGCCAGACACAGCAGAACUAUUCUGUCCCCAGAGCUGCAAGGGUCCACAGAUUCCUGUCCCAACCAGCCAAUGGGGAGAAGGCCCUCUAAUCCUAGGGAACGAAAGAAUUCUCUUCAGUUAUUCAAUUUCCCUGCUGUACCCCACUCCUUAUCCCUACCCCCACCCUUAACCCUGAUAGAGUCAGAGGAGCCUGAGACCCCCCCCAGGAGUGAGCCAGCCCAUAUCCCGUGAAGUGAAAUCACCUGACUACCUUCCAAGAAAUUUGAGGAAUGUUCUAAACCAGAUGUUCAAUCAGGAGACUUGUGAACCCCAACUUUCACACAGACAGACAGUUCCAGUUCUUCAUCCAAAAACCCCAUAUUCCUGGCUCCUGGCUCCUGGCUCCCUGACUCCCUGGCUCACGCUCCAGAUGAGGACAGAAAGGCAAAUCCAGCUGCUCCAUCAGAUGUUUGGGAACGGAUUCAGACAUCCACAGCCAGGAAGGGGUUAAGAGGCAGAGCCAGUUACCCCAACCUGCCCCUCCCAGGGAUUAAGAGUCCUCUAUAAAGGGGACUGUCUACCCAGGCAAGUCCAGGGGGUUAUUAGGGACCCAGGCACUGUGCCCACCCCCCCCCCCCCUUUGCCAUGUGGGAACUUCGGUCUGCCUCCUUUUGGAGGGCUAUAUUUGCUGAGUUCUUUGCCACCCUCUUCUAUGUCUUCUUUGGGCUGGGAGCCUCCCUGCGUUGGGCUCCUGGACCCAUACAUGUCCUGCAAGUGGCUUUGGCCUUUGGCCUGGCCCUGGCUACGUUGGUGCAGACUGUGGGUCACAUCAGCGGAGCCCAUGUCAAUCCUGCGGUCACGUUUGCCUUCCUUGUGGGCUCCCAGAUGUCCUUGCUCCGUGCCUUCGGCUAUGUGGCAGCUCAGCUUCUGGGAGCUGUGGCUGGAGCAGCUGUACUGUACAGCGUCACCCCGCCAGCUGUCCGUGGAAACCUAGCACUCAACACACUGCACGCUGGGGUAAGCGUGGGCCAGGCCACCACCGUGGAGAUCUUCCUGACCCUCCAGUUCGUGCUCUGCAUCUUUGCUACGUAUGACGAGAGGCGGAAUGGCCGCAUGGGCUCUGUGUGCUUUGGAUGUUGGCUUGCUCUGCCUCACCCUGGGCACCUCUUUGGGAUGUAUUACACCGGCGCAGGGAUGAACCCUGCCCGCUCCUUGCUCCGUGCCAUCCUCACCCGGAACUUCAGCAACCACUGGGUCUACUGGGUGGGCCCACGAUCAUCGGAGGGGGGCCUGGGCAGCCUCCUCUAUGACUUUCUCCUCUGCCCCCGGCUCAAGAGUGUUUCUGAGAGACUGUCUAUCCUCAAAGGAGCCAGACCCAGUGACUCCAAUGGACAGCCCGAGGGUACCGGUGAGCCUGUGGAACUGAAGACUCAGGCCCUGUGAAAGAUCCUGUUAGAGAGAGGAGUAGGACAAAAAUGUCUGGGUUUCAAGGAGGGGCCAACCCCAAGCCCUCCGAUGAAGAAAGAGACUGUGGGGAGGGGCAUGUACUUCUUUAUUUUUAACUUAUGUGUGUUUUUAAUUUUUUUCUUUUGCCUGUGUGAAAUCUUUUAAGGUUGCAUUCACGAUCUAGUUGGUGCAAACUCCCUUCCUCCCCACCCCAAUACCUUCGCCGUGUGUGUGUGUGUGGUGUGUGGUGUGUGUGUGUGUGUGUGUGUGUGUGUGUGUGACUGUUCCUAUGAAUGUGGGUGCCUGUGGCGGUGUCUGAGUUUUGGGGACACAAAAGCUAGGGAAGGGAAAGAGGUGUCCACAUGUUAUGUCCCCUGCCCCAGUUUGGUUGAGCACGGAAAAUUCAAGACUUAAGUUUCUGGCCUUUACCCUGUUUCCCUGCUUCCAGUUAAGUGUAUGGAAGGUAUGAAGGAUCAAGGGAAGGGGUCACUCCCUCAGGAAGCAGACAGACCGGAAGGGGAGGCAAGGUAUUCCAGGGAUUGGGAGGGUGGAUUCAGGGAGGUGGGUGGGAGAAUCGAAGAUUUUAUUUCCAGAUCACUGGUCAAGUGUACCUGAAAAUUUUGAGGGAUUUUAUGGGAGAAUAUAGCCUACUUAUCUCAGGGAUACUUGCCCCAGAGACCCGGGGCGGAGGGAGCUCUGAGAAAGGAAACAUGGGCUUGAGUUGUCCUGUAGAUCUGCAUAAACCUGUCUACAUCCACUGGCGGGGGUUGCGUGUUCAUUCAGAGGCCUUGGGCCAGGGACCUUCCAACCGAUAUAGGGUUGGGUAGCCUAGAGUCUAGAAAAAUGAAGUGGUUUAAAAGGCCCGCCUUAUAGCCCUUACAAGUGGUACUGAAGCCCCAGAAUUGAUGGACUGAGGCUAAAACAGGAAAUCUGGUGUCUGAAGCAAAUUUACUUUUGAGGGGGGUAAGAUGGAGAUUAUUUAGAGCAAACCGAAUUUGCAGAUGGCGUCUUCGGGCUCCCCUCACUAGCUCCGCCGUCUUUCCUCUUUGUAUGUCUUUCCCUUCCUUCCAGCUACCCUCCCCACGUCCCAGACAGCGGUCUCCUCCUAGCAUUGCUUAAUUACGGAGAUGAUUUUUGAGCCCUAUCUUGUAUUGUUGGUAAAAUAGCAUCGUCUCAGCAGGGGCGCAGGUGACCCUGAACCGAACAAUGAAUAUUUAUUGCAGAUCUUUCUAUUCUGAGCCUCCUGUGUAUACUUCGCACACUUUAAAACGUAUGCCUAUAGUAAGACAGACAACUCUAACUCUAGCGAAUAAAACACAACUCUACACUUCCACACAACUUGUCUAACUAGCUAUUUAAGACUUUGGAAUAGUCCACCAGGCUGGAAGGGGAAGAAUGUCUGUAAAUUCUACUUUAAUUCGGCCUGGAUUCAUAUUAAAAUUCAAUAGAACAUC